GAGCGUGCGCGGGGUCCUCCGCAUCCACCGAUGUGUGUGCUGGGUGGGCUUGGCCGCGCUGCCCGCCUCCCCCCCCUUCGGGAGGAGGGCCCAGCGAUGCUCUGUGACCGUGCCGCCUCCAUGUGGCUGCUGACGGGCCCAGUGGGGAGCAGGCAUGGGGCGCGGCCGCACCUCCCUUCCACCCCUCCUCGCAGAUGGCUGACUAGGCGAUGAGCAGACGUGAGGGGCUAGCCGGCCGCCCGGCUCUGCAGGACGCUGCCUGGCUCCCGAGCGUCGGUCCCUCCGCGCCUGGGGCAGGAGUGGCUGUGCGCUGGGCUCAGAGGCCAGGCGAACUAGCGCAAGCCUCGGGCUUCGCUAUGGGGCACAACAGCAGUUGGGUGUCACCGAACACCAGCCACCCGCGCAACACGUCGGGCGCCGAGGCUGGCGCCAACCUCAGCGCGUUCGGGGAGCUGAGCGAGGCGCAGCUGUACCGCCAGUUCACCACCGUCGUGCAGGUCGUCAUCUUCAUUGGCUCGCUACUGGGAAACUUCAUGGUGUUAUGGUCAACUUGCCGCACAACAGUGUUCAAAUCUGUCACCAACAGGUUCAUUAAAAACCUGGCCUGCUCCGGGAUUUGUGCCAGUGUGGUCUGUGUGCCCUUCGACAUCAUUCUGAGCAGCAGCCCUCACUGUUGCUGGUGGAUCUACACGAUGCUCUUCUGCAAGGUGCUCAAAUUCCUACACAAGGUGUUCUGCUCUGUGACUGUUCUCAGUUUUCCUGCCAUUGCUCUGGACAGGUACUAUUCAGUCCUCUAUCCUCUGGAGAGAAAAAUAUCUGAUGCCAAGUCUCGGGAACUAGUGAUGUACAUCUGGGCUCAUGCAGUGGUGGCCAGUGUCCCUGUGUUUGCUGUGACCAAUGUAGCUGACAUCUAUGCUAUGUCCACCUGCACGGAAGUCUGGAGCAACUCCUUGGGCCAUCUGGUGUAUGUUCUGAUCUACAAUGUCACCACGGUCAUUGUGCCUGUGGCUGUGGUAUUUCUCUUCCUACUCCUGAUCCGGAGGGCCCUGAGUGCCAGCCAGAAGAAGAAAGUCAUAAUCGCUGCACUGAGGACCCCACAGAACACCAUCUCUAUCCCCUAUGCCUCCCAGCGAGAGGCGGAGCUACAUGCCACCCUGCUCUCCAUGGUGACAGUUUUCAUUCUCUGCAGUGUACCCUAUGCCACCCUGGUUGUCUACCAGACUGUGCUCAAUGUACCCAACACCUCUGUCUUCUUGCUUCUCACGGCCAUUUGGCUGCCCAAAGUCUCUCUGUUGGCCAACCCCGUGCUCUUCUUAACUGUGAACAAAUCGGUUCGCAAGUGCUUGGUGGGGACCCUGGUGCAGUUGCACCACCGGUACAGUCGCCGCAAUGUGGUUAGUACAGGGAGUGGGGUGGCUGAGCCCAGCCUUGAGCCCAGCAUGCGCUCUGGUAGCCAGCUCUUGGAGAUGUUCCACAUUGGGCAGCAACAGAUCUUUAAGCCCUCGGAGGAUGAGGAAGAGAGUGAGGCCAAGUAUCUUGGCUCAGCCGAUUUCCAGGCAAAGGAGGUACUCACCUCCUGCCCAGAGGACGAGCAGGAGCCACAGCUUACACAGUCUGUGCCACCCCCAGGCACAGUGGACUCUGUACCUCGGGUGUCCCCGGUAGCCCCCGUGGAACCUGGGAUAUUCCCUGAUAAGUAUUCCCUUCAGUUUGGCUUUGGGCCUUUCGAGUUACCCCCUCAGUGGCUCUCUGAGACCCGAAAUAGCAAGAAGAGGUUGCUUCCCCCACUGGGCAAUACCCCAGAAGAGCUGAUCCAGACAAAGGUGCCCAGAGUGAACAGGGUGGAGCGGAAGAUGAGCAGAAACAAUAAAGUGAGCAUUUUUCCGAAGGUAGACUCCUAGCAAGGCCUGUGAAGGCCUGGAAGCCACAGGAGCUUGUGCAUUCCUGCUCCCCCCUCACUCUGGCUGCGAGCCACUGUGGGGCGACAACUCCUCUAUGGGACAGAUGCUUCUGAGUGAAAGGGAAAUCUACGUAAAUCCAAUGUCCUCUUUAUUGAGGGAGUAUAUAUUAUCUAUCUUAGUGGUCUGUGUCCUUUGUCACAUUCCGUGUAGGCUGGGCAGAACGGAACAUUUUUCUGGGAGAUUCCUCCUUUCCCUGUGUGCAGGGAACUCGAAGGGAGCAGGCACUCUGAGGAGGCCCAGGGUAGUUAUGGGUUUCAAUGGCCACAGUGAAGAAGCCGAUUUGGUUUUAUUUUAUUU